AGAAUCUUCAGACGCUGCCCGCAAAAGUGGGUGACCAUGUGGCAUGGCGGAUCUCAUGCCUGCACUCUCUCCCUUUCAUCUUCGCCGUGGUAUCAAAUGAAGUUCACAGACGUGUGAACUUGGUUUGCUCUUGAUCUGUGUUUUCGAGUUGAUACUGCGGGGACUGCAGGAUGAACUCGGUGUCCAGGUGUCUGGCUGACCUAACCGUUAAGUUAGGCCGAUAUAGCCCCGAGGUCCUGUUGGCCAAUGCUGGGAAGCCUGUGCUGCGCUUGCCGGUGGCUUAUUACAGCAGCGCUACUGCUAUUGUAAAGGAUGUAGUCAUCGUCAGUGCUCUGAGAACUCCAAUUGGAUCUUUCAGGAGUUCUUUGGCUUCUCUGCCGGCUCCACGCCUUGGUGCUGCUGCGAUCAAGGCAGCUGUGGACAAGGCAGGGAUAAAACCAGAAGAUGUUGAUCAGGUGUACAUGGGCUGUGUGGGGCAAGCAGGAGUUGGUCAAGCUCCCGCUCGACAGGCUGCUUUAUUUGGAGGGCUUCCAAUCUCAACCCCCUGUACAACAGUUAACAAGGUGUGUGCAUCAGGUUUGAAAGCAGUGAUGAUGGCAGCACAGAGUCUCCAGUGUGGCCACACACACAUCAUGGUUGCUGGGGGAAUGGAGAGCAUGUCCAAUGUCCCCUAUUACAUGGAAAGAGGAGAAACUCCAUAUGGGGGAAUUCGUCUCAUAGAUGGGAUCGUCCAUGAUGGCUUAUGGGAUGUAUACAACAAGGUCCACAUGGGGGUGUGUGCAGAAAACACUGCCAAGAAACUUAAGAUCUCUCGAGAGGAACAGGAUGAAUAUGGAAUAAGCAGCUAUAAACGUACUGCUGAGGCUCAUCAGCAAGGGCUUUUCAAAACUGAAAUAAUUCCAGUCAGUGUGCCUGGAAAGAAGGGCAAACCCAAUGUGGAGGUGAAGGAUGAUGAAGAGUACCACAGAGUUAAUUUUGAGAAGUUCAAGACGCUUUCUACAGUGUUCAUGAAAGAAGGUGGAACUGUGACAGCAGCUAAUGCCUCCACACUAAAUGAUGGGGCUUGUGCCCUUGUGCUGACCACUGGGGCUGAGGCUGAACGGAGAGGACUCAAGCCUUUGGCUCGUAUUGUUGGCUUGGCUGAUGCGGCCACUGAACCCAUAGACUUCCCCAUUGCUCCUGUCUUUGCUACAAACAAGCUGUUGGAGUUGACUGGAGUGAAGAAGGAAGAUGUGGCAAUGUGGGAGGUUAAUGAAGCAUUCAGUGUUGUUGUCCUGGCCAACAUGAAGAUGCUUGACAUCCCUCACUCCAAAGUGAAUAUUCAUGGUGGAGCUGUCAGCCUUGGACAUCCCAUUGGGAUGUCAGGGGCACGUAUCUUGGCACACCUUGUGCACAGCUUAAAGGCAGGUGAGAAGGGUGUGGCAUCCAUCUGCAAUGGAGGUGGAGGAGCCUCAGCCAUGAUCAUCGAGAAGAUUGCGUAAGGACCUGUCUCCAUUUUUUGCCUAGGCUAGAUAGUGGGAGGCACCUGAGACGACUGCCUGUUGUGACGCUUUACACCAAGGACCCCUGCCCCUUGUGUGACGAAGUCAAAGCUGCCCUUGCCCCACUCCAAUCCCAGUUCACAUUGCAUGAAGUGGACAUCCUGGCCCCGGGCAACGAGCAGUGGCUUCGUGCAUACCGAUAUGACAUCCCCGUGUUGCACUUUGAGGGCCAGUUUCUCAUGAAGCAUCGUGUGAAUCUUCAGUUGAUGGAAGAAGCAUUGCGUAUAUUUGAGCAGUCAUAGUGCUAGUGUGCAAUUCUCUGUGAUAUGGGGGUGUUAUGAGGACAGUGUACAUAAAUGUGGCAUUUUUUCCGAGAAACUAG